UUUUUUUCUUGAGGGAGGGGAUACAGGAAAAAAAAAGAAUUAAGAAAAAAAAAAGGAAAGAAGAAACAGAAGGAAGGAGUUUGUAACCCUAACUAUCUAAAUUCGAAUCCAUAGUAUUUGCUGCCAUUACAAGGGAAAUUCAAUCUCUCUACACAUUACAUAUUACAGACUUCACUGCAGUUUUCUUUUUAACUCUCUAAAAAGUUCGAUUUUGCAUUUCCGUAUUCCAGCAGGAAUUCAAGUUACUUUCGAGGAAAGAAAUUGAAGGAUUUUUCGAACGAUUCCAAUUAAUUGAAGUAUGCGAGCUCAAAUUAGAAGAAUCCAGAAUUUGGGGAUUCAGUUUAACCCACUGAACCCCCCUUCGGUACGCCACUACUUCUCCAACAAGAUUAAAGGUGAAGCUAGCAGUAAUAAGGAAUUUCAACAGUCAGUUAAGCAGCUGAAAGAGAAAGCAGAGGAGCUGAAAGGAGUAAAAGAAGAUCUGAAAGUCAGAGUGAAGCAGACAUCUGAGCAGCUGCACAAGCAUGUCGGUGGUGUGUGGACAGAAGCCGAAGAGACAGCGAAGAAGGUUUCUGCAAAUAUGAAAGAAAAAAUUUCAGCUGCAAAAGAGGAGGUAAAAGAGACUCUUGGUCUUGGGAGCCAAGAGUCUUCAGCAUCUAAUGGUGCUACAGCCAAUGAUGGUGAUAAUGUUAAAUGUGGGAACAAAGCCUCAUCUGGCGAGCGACGCCAGCAAUCUGAGCCUAGUGGUACUGCAGAGACAUUAUUUGGUACAAUUAGGUCAACUUUUGCUUCGUCAUCUCCAAGGUUCUCAUCAGCCUUCCAGAAAUUGAAGGAAGCAAAGGUGGCUGACUUAGCCAUGAAGAGUUACGACAUAGUAAAGGAAGAAUUGAAUGGAAAACCAAAUAGAAGGAAAAGAAUGCAGUAUGCUGCUUCAUCUUCAACAGGAGAUAUGAGUGACAGAACUGAAGUAGUUGUGGUACCAGUGAAGCAGUCCCCGUGGAGCAAAAGGUGGGAAUCACUUAAAGAAAAGAUGCGAGGCCAUCCAAUGCUCAAACACGUUACUAAGAUGAGCGAACCUGUCGUUACAAAGAGCCAGGAGCUGGCAGAAGAUUUGCAGGAAAGGUGGGAAACUAGUGAUAGUCCCGUUGUACAUAAAAUUCAGGAUCUUAAUGAUAGAGUGUUUGGAGAAAACGAUUCUGCAAUGUCAUUCAAGGAAAUACGUCGUCGUGAUCCCUCAUUUUCUUUGCCAGAUUUUGUAGCUGACGUUCAGGAUGUCAUCAAGCCAGUUUUGAAUGCGUACCUCAAGGGAGACUUUAAGGUAUUGGCGAAAUAUUGUAGUCCUGAAGUUGUAGAGCGGUGUAAAGCGGAGCAUAAAGUUAAUGAAAGCCAGGGUAUCAUCUUUGAUAAUAAGAUUUUGCAUGUAUCGGAGGUGGAUGUAAGAGAGACUAAAAUGAUGGGGUCAAGUCCCAUUAUUAUUCUCGGGUUCCAAUCUCAGCAAGUGUAUUGUGUACGCAAUAGACAAGGUUCAAUCCAGGAGGGAAGUCAGGACACCAUCCACACUGUAUAUUACGCGUGGGCUAUGCAACAAUUAGAACCGGAAGAGGUUGACGAAGAUGCUAUCUACUCAAUGUGGAGGCUAAGGGAGAUGCAACAACUUGGUGUGGCGGCUCUCAUUUAGGAAGCAACCUUUACGUUUCCUCUUUAUUGAUGGACGUUUUGUAUUACCCCUCAGGGUGUUUUGGCUUUUCCAGAGAAGUUAUUUUUGCAUAGGCAGGUUCCCAUUAUUUUUGUAGGCAAUCUUCAAUUCUUUCAAAUUACGCGCGACAGGUAUAACGUCCCUGUGAAUUAUGAACUGCGCAAUUAUGCAGGGCAUAUUCUUGUGGCGAGGUUUUGCAAAAUUUAUUGUAGGAUUAGGGUGACUUGCGCUUUGAAAUGCCUCACAAUCAAGUUGGUUUGACACCAUCUCAUGUAAAAUUUGCUCACAUUGUAGAAGUAAAAUAAAAAAAUACACAUUGAAGGUUGCUUUAUGCUGCA